UGUUGUCAGACAAGACUAAAGGUCUGACUGUUCUGCAUUGUCGCUUUGGACCCCAUUAAACCGCAGCCAUGAGCUUCAUCGCAGACGAUGUUGAGAUAGACCCGGUCACCCUCAACCUCAUCAUCCUCAUCGCCAGCUAUGUCAUUCUUCUCCUCGUCUUCCUCAUCUCCUGCAUCCUCUACGACUGCCAGGGAAAAGACCCCACGAAGGAGUACGCACCCGACCCUAUGCCCAACCUCAACCCCGCUCCCAUACGGCUGGUGGUCAUGCAAAGCUCGCCCGCCAACGCCCGGUGGGACCAGAACAAGAUGGUGACCACCUACGAACCUCCAGGCGUAGAGAAAAAGAGCACGUUAGUCUGA